AUGGGUGGAGUCACCGUGCCUUGUUUGAUAGACACGGGGUCCAUGGUGUCUACAGUCACUGAAGGUUUCUUUCAGCAGUACUUUGAACCUUGGGGUCAAGAGAAACUUCAGACUUGCCACUGGCUGCAGCUUCGAGCAGCUAAUGGGCUAGCCAUUCCUUACAUUGGCUACUUAGAGCUAGAUAUCAAGCUCUGCGAUAAGUUAGUGCCACGGUGUGGUGUUUUGGUGGUCAAAGACCCUCCGGGGGGCAUGUCUUCUCAGGUCCCUGGUGUGUUGGGGAUGAACAUCAUACGCCGGUGUUACAGAGAGCUUUUUGGCCAACACGGUUUGGCCUUGUUUGACCUGCCCUCUGUUUCAAAGGCCCCAGAGCCUAUUGUUCAGGCACUGCAAGGGUGCCAUCAGGCUAGUGUGAGGCCUCCUCAAGAGGCCUCAGGUAGGGUCAAGGUGCGUGGCAGGAAGGCUUGUCGGAUCCCUGGUGGGAUGAUGAAGAUGGUGGCUGCCACAUGCUCGGAGCAGUACUCGUGCUCCACAGUAUUGUUUGAGCCUCUGGACUCUGGCCUCCCGGCUGGACUGCUUGCGUCCCCUGCUCUGGUUCGUGUGGAGAGGGGAACUGCCUACAUCCCUGUUGUUAAUGUAGGCUCCACAGACGCGUUGCUUUAUCCUCGCACCGUUGUCGGCACUUUGACAGAGGUCAGUGUGGUGAGCUUGCCUGCGGGUGUCACUGAGGUGCCAUCGGGUGUGGCCUCAGUGACAUCUCAGUUUGCCUCUGGUUCAGUUCCGGAUCAGUUCGCAACCAUUGAUUUGGCUUCCUUGUCUGCUGAAGAGCAGAAGAAGGUGAGGGCUUUGCUUUCAAAGUAUUCCUCUGUCUUCUCCACCCACGAUGGUGACCUGGGCUGCACUAACCUGGUUAGCCAUGAGAUUCCUCUUUUGGAUGAUGUUCCUGUUCGGCAGCGCUACAGGCGCAUUCCUCCAUCCGAUUAUGAACUUGUCAAGGAGCACAUUAACCAGCUGUUGGAGGCUCAGGUAAUUCAGGAGAGUAGCAGUCCUUGUGCGUCUCCCAUUGUGUUGGUUAAAAAGAAAGACGGUAGCCUACGCAUGUGCGUGGACUACAGGCAAUUGAACACCAAAACCAGAAAGGAUGCAUUUCCUCUUCCCCGCAUCGAGGAAUCCCUUGAUGCACUUACUGGUGCUCGCUGGUUUUCCACAAUGGAUUUAGCCAGUGGGUACAAUCAGGUUCCAGUGUCUGAGGUAGACCGGCCUAAAACGGCGUUUUGUACUCCAUUCGGCCUUUUCGAAUGGAAUCGCAUGCCCUUUGGACUCUGUAACGCCCCCAGCACCUUCCAGCGGUUAAUGCAGAGGCUUUUUGGGGACCAACAGUGUCGGUCUUUGCUUUUAUAUCUUGACGACAUUGUUGUUUUCUCCUCCACUGUCGAGCAACAUCUGGAGAGGCUGGAAGUGGUGCUGGGACGGCUGCAGCAGGAGGGCCUCAAGGCAAAACUUGUCAAGUGUGCCUUCUUUCGGCGUGAGGUGCAGUACUUGGGGCAUGUGAUUUCUGAGGCAGGUGUUUCCACUGACCCCAGCAAGGUCGAGGUGGUCGCCAGUUGGCAACCCCCGACUACCAUCUCCGAACUGCGGUCAUUCCUUGGCUUUGCCAGUUAUUACCGUCGGUUUGUUGAGGGUUUUGCCAAGCUGGCUGCUCCUCUACACAAGUUGGUUGCAGAACUUGGGGGCUCAAAGACCCAGAAGAGGUCACAGCGAGGCAUAACUGGGCACUGGACUCAAGAGUGUCAGCGGACUUUCGAGGCACUUAAGUUGAAGCUCACUACGGCACCUGUGCUCGCAUAUGCCGAUUUCUCCCUCCCUUUUAUUCUGGAGGUCGACGCAAGCCAUAGUGGCCUUGGAGCUGUGUUAUCACAGGAGCAGGAUGGUAAGGUGGGGCCUAUUGCCUAUGCCAGCCGGGGUCUGAGGCCCACGGAGCGUAACAUGGCCAACUAUAGCUCCAUGAAGUUGGAGUUUUUGGCUCUCAAGUGGGCCAUGACUGAAAAGUUUAGAGAAUAUCUGCUUGGCCAUAAGUGUAUUGUUUAUACCGACAAUAAUCCACUCAGCCACCUGUCGACUGCUAAACUAGGCGCCACCGAACAACGUUGGGCAGCCCAGCUUGCUUCCUUCGACUUUGAAAUCAAGUAUCGCUCCGGAAAGAGUAACAGUAAUGCUGAUGCUUUAUCUCGCCAGCAUCCCCCUGCAGUGCCGGACAUGGAAGCUAUGCUUCCUGGCACAGGGCUUCCUGAGCCUUUGCAGCAAGCUCUGCAGGCCCAGAGGACUGAGGCAUCCCAAGCUGUCGUCAUAGCCCUGCCCAGUCAUACACCAGCUGACAUCCGUGCACUCCAGGAAGCGGACCCCACUAUCCGGGAACUGCUACCUUUCUGGAAGCAGAAGCAGCGCCCCACCCAGGAGGAGCGUGAACGGUUGUCCCCACCUGCGUUGGCGCUGCUCCGGCAAUGGGACCGCUUGGCUGAGAAGGAGGGAGUCCUGUAUCGCCAGAUCUUUCGUCCUGAUGGUGCAGAGGUAGUACUGCAGUUGUUGUUGCCUAUUGUCCUAAGGGAAGAGGUAUUGAGGGACGUCCAUCAGAGGCAUGGCCACCAGGGAGUGGAGAGGACCUUGGGGCUUUUACGUCAACGGUGUUAUUGGCUGCGUAUGUCCUCUGAUGUAGCCCAGUGGUGCCAUGCUUGUGACAGGUGCCAAGUUGCGAAAGAAGUUCAGCCAACUGCUCGCAGCUCCAUGGGGCACCUGCUAGCUUCUCGACCCAAUGAGAUCCUGGCCAUGGAUUUCACAUUGAUGGAACCUACCCACAAUGGUAUUGAAAAUGUCUUUGUCAUGACUGAUGUUUUCAGUAAAUAUACGUUGGCCGUUGCCACCUGUGACCAACGAGCCGCUACUGUAGCUCAAGUGUUGGUAACUGAAUGGUUCUCGAAGUUCGGGGUCCCUGCACGUAUACAUUCGGACCAAGGCCGAAAUUUCGAGAGUGUUCUUAUUCAACAGUUGUGUGCCCUUUAUGGGAUUGAGAAGUCACGCACCACACCAUACCAUCCAGCCGGUAAUGGACAGUGUGAACGGUUCAACCGUACCCUUCACAACUUGCUGCGUACUCUCCCAGUGUCUCGGAAACGAGACUGGAACUCCUGUUUGCCACAACUGUUGUAUUCCUAUAACACUACUCCCCACCAGGCAACUGGAGAAUCACCUUUUCUCCUGAUGUUUGGCCAGGAGCCAAGACUCCCAAUUGAUUUUCUGUUGGGACGAGUUCAGGACCCUGUUGCCGGUGCGGUCCAUGAUUGGAUUCAGGAGCAUCGGACUCGGUUGCAGAUUGCCUUUGAAGGGGCCAGAGACCAGCUAAGAGUUGCAGCACAACGGCGAAAGAAAAACUAUGACCAACAUGUCCGGGAUGACCCCUUGCCUGAGGGCCAGUUGGUCCUGUUGCGGGAUUUUAGUGCGAAAGGGCGCCAUAAGAUCCAGGAUCUGUGGGGCUCUGUGGUGCACAUGGUGCUUAAGGCACCAAAAGAAGGAGGCUCGGUGUAUACUGUUGCACCAGCGGACGACCAGACUAAAGCCAAACAUGUCCAUCGUUCAUUGUUAAAGGCUGUGGUUAGAACUGGUCCAGGUUACACCUCUGAUCCUCUUGUACCCACUUCUGUCCAUCUUCAGUCAGAGGACGAUGAUGGUGAUAGUUGGUUCGUUUUGAGGUAUGAAGCUCCUUCUGUCAUUCCUCAAAUAACCUUCCCUGGGCCACUUCCCCAAACUGACCCGGCCCCGAUUGGGUCCGUUCCUCUUGUGUCUCCUGCUGCUAUGGCAGCCAGUGAACCAUCUGUCCGAGUGGAGGUCCCCGCAGUCACUCGGUCUGGUAUGGAGGAGGUGAACCUACGACGGACCCAACGGUCAACCGCAG